UGAGCGAUGCUGAGCGUGUUGCGCUCAGGACGCCGAGCCUGUUUGUCACAGCUGAGCUUGUCUGAGCGCGUAGCGCUUCAUUGCUAGGCCCAAUGAUCAGCGCGAGAGCAGAGCGCAGCCUAACUGCGUUGCUCAGCAACGGCGGCAAACAAUGUCCGCCAUCUUUCCUCCUGCCGGGAUUCUCCAUGGUGAAGAUGGCCAGCCACGGGAAACAUAUUACGAUAAUAAUCCAACAGCUUAACAAAUUUAACCCAGAAAAUCAGAACAUGGACGAUUUCUUGGAGGAAUCAGCCAAGAUGCUGCAGACUCUUAAUGUGGCAGAAGAUAAAUUUGUAUUGGAAACACUAGCUGGAUGCAUAGAAUACAAAUCCUUGCUGGAUGUAGUAGUCAAUGCCUUUUUUGCUCGCGAUGGGAGAUACUGUCUGAUUUCUGAGCGUAAUCUCUAUAUAGUUAUUUGCUAUUUGGCGACUUUUCAACUAGAAGAGCUUGGUCUUCAGCACUUCAGCAGAAUUGUGAAAUCUCUAGACACUGUAAAAAUGCAUAAGUUUCUUAGAUUCUUCUUCAAUGACUUGUAUUUGAACACGUGGAUAAAAGAUGAAUGGAGUCAGCUGUAUGAUUCACUAUAUGUAAAGGAGAACUGGAUCGAUCCAUUGCUGAGGUGGCAGCCUAAAGUACAGCAACUGAUAGAACAACUUGAGGAUAAGUUGAGUAAUCGUACGACCAAAGUCAAAGUAUCAACGGUCACUCAGCCAAAGGAAUUUAAUUUGACUGUUCCCAAGCCACGAGCCAUUCUUGUACCUCUGCCAAUACCAAUGCCGGAAAAAUGUCCCCCUGUUCCUCCAAGCACCUACAAGCCUCCAAAGGAAAAACAGCAACUAGAGAAAAUCAAAACAAAAAAUCGCCAAAGAGCAGAAGAUCUGCUUCUGAAAACAAACACUAACCAGUUCAGGUGUGCAGCCACGAGACCUGAAAAAUCAGAGUUUGAACUGCAGAACACACAGGACAGUAUGAGGAGCACGCCAGCAUUCCAGACUCAGAAGAUCCAAAGCAAGAUCCACAAUUUACCUAUUAAAUUAAAUGCAGCAGCUAUUUUAAGAGAGGGUGCCCUCUAUCAGCGAAAAAUGGAACAGGAGCUCCAGAGAAUUGAAAAUCUGCUACGAGGGACUGGAGAUGCAUCUGAAUUCUUGGAAUGGCAAAAGCAAAUGCGUGGAAAAGAUUUGGAAGAGCAGCAGGCUGAACUAGAGUGCAGAAGGCUUCGAGGGAAACUGAGUUAUGAAGAGGCAGUUUUAGCUCAUCAGAAUGUAAUUCAAGAAAAUAAGAAGAAAGGUGAUUUAAUGCGAGAAGAGAAAGCAGAACUGAUGCAUGAGUAUGCAGAGAGAUGUCUACAUGAACGAAAAGAAAUGAGAGAGCUGGUGGAAAAGGUCGUGGAAGGACACAAGAAUGCAAAGCAAGCAAAACUAAAGCUUCAGAAGUACAAACAGCAGAUAGUGCAGGAAGUUGCUGAAGAAAAUCGAGAACUACUUCGUCAGGCUUUAGAAGAAGAGGAAGAGAAACUUAAGAAAAGAUACGAAUUAAUUCAACAAAUACGAGCCAUUGAAUCUUUACCAAUCCUUAAACACAAGUUUGUUGACUUAACUGAGACUGGCGGCCAUGGUUUAAUUUGUGAAAUGUCAAUAGUGGAACUACGUGAACGCCUUGCUCUACUUAAAGAAGUACAGAAAGCAGCAGAGGAAGAGAAGAGAGACCAGAUAAUUCAAGAUAAACAAGCUAAGGAACAACUUCUUCUAGAUAAACUGGACCAGAUUUCAGUUUUCAGAGCAGAACUUGGACGAGCAGCUGCAUUAAAGCAAGAAGAAAAGAAAAAGAAGUCCCAGUCUAGUGAAAGGCAAAUGAAAGAUGAACGCGUUUUAAAUCUGCAGAGAAAAAUUGCAGAGAAAGCAAUGGAGCGUAAAAAGCAAGCAGGACUCUUAAAGAUUACCCCCCGGAAAGCCAGCACUGCAUCAAGAAAGGACUCCUUGCAGUGGAACCGUUGGAAAGAACUGGAAGAGAGUCGGGGAAGGCGGUUCAAGUCUCUUCAAUACGGUUUAAUGGCCAGAGAAACAGCCGAGAAAAUGGCUGCGUACGUGGCAGCAAAAAGCGGAGCCACAUCGUGUAUCCUGCGCUCCGAAGUAAAAUAAAGUGCACUUGGAACAAACCCAGGCCUGCUGGAAGUCUCCCAGAGCAACUGUGUAUCACAAGGUUGAAUUUUAAUCUUUAUUUGAUCUGUACCAUUUUAGUAGCAAAAUUUGGGUCAUUCAGACAUGGUAGAAUGGAAACGUGUUAAUUUUUUAUACUGGAAUUUUAAUUUUGUAGCUGUAACGUUACAUUUUCUUCCUAUUAGAAUGAAAAGCUGUAAGAAACCGAGAUGGCCAGUGUCUGGGUAAGAACACUGAGAUCCAUAUUACUGCUGUCACUGUGCCAUGAGUUGCUGUGUUCAUUUUCCUGAAGAAUAAAAAUGGGGGCAGAAAAAAGGCA